UUCUGUAAAAUAUCAUUUUGGUGCACAUAUCAUUCAAGUUUUGUAUAUAUAAUGCAUGCAUAUAUUAUAUUACUUGGUUACAUUAUAUAAUAUUAAUCAUUAUACUGAUAAUACAGUAAUAUAACAGUAAUACAGUAAUAUACAGUAAAUCUUGCAAUAAACCUCAUCAAUAUUGGCAGACAUUCUCUUGGUCAGAUAGAGGCUGCAUUGGGUUUUCCUGUGGACAAGUGAUUUGGAAUUGUUUUUAAAUCUCAAAUUAUUAGCUACUCAAAAUAUGCACCUUUACUCUAGUUGUUAAAUGGUAUCUCAUAUGUUCAUGCUAUUGACAUAAUUGCACAGGGUAUUUUUUAUUUUGUUAGAAUUGGAGUUAUUAAUGAGAGAACUUUCAAAAGAAAUAUUGCAACCCAAGCUGAGAGGAAUGGAUUUAUGAGGGCAGAGAUUUUUUUACUGGUGGCCAAAGACGGGGAUGGUGGAGGACAGGAAGGCCUGGAGGAAUGUUGUCCAUGGGGCCAUGAUGAGUUGGACGCGACUUUGCAACUAACAACAACAUUCCCUAAACACUGAAAGCACCUUCUACCUUUCCAAUGAGCAUUUCCUCAAUGGAAGAAGAAAACCAGCCUGGGAUUGGAUGCAGGAGUAUAUGUUUGCGGGGAUAAAUGCACCCCAGCAUUUGCUUAAAGGGAUGCAACCUUUAACAAAAAAUAAUGGGUGGUAAUGCUUCAAUGUUGUUUGUUAUAAUAGGGAAUAAGAGUAAACUACAAUAUUAAUUAAGAAUAUAUUGACUUCCCAAAACUUUUUGGACUAACCUAGAAAAAAUCAGACUUGCAGAAAAAGCUUGAAAAAACCCUUUAUUUAAGCCACAGAUGCUGUUUUUUACAACCCAGCUUUCAUGACUUGAUGUGUGUGUGGAACUGUCAAUAAUAGGGAAGGACAGAACUGGCAGAAGAAAGCUGGUGCUGCACAUUACGAGAUAAGAUUGAAAUUAGGAGAGGUUGUGGGCUCCACUCAUAAUGCCCUGGCGAUUUCUACACUACAAGCAUUAAUUUGUUUAGUUCACAUCCUGCCCUCUUUUGAAUGAUUUUCUUUCAUCACUAGUAAUAUUUUUUUAUUUUGAGUAUUAACUACUCUUACCACAUACCAGGUUUUACUAUAUGCUAUGUUACCAGCAUUGCAGCUGGUGAUUUACUUAGACUUUUUUUUGCGGGGGGAUCUCUGAAUGUCCUGCAUUUUUCCCUGCCCUACCCUCUGUCCAGAUGCCCCAUUUUAAUUGUUUGUAGAAAACUAUGAUGUGCAACCUUGUACUUUGUAUUUAGCCAUCAAGCACUAAACACCUUUUUGGUACAGCAGAAAUGCAGUAUGAAAUCUGAAAUCUGAUUUUAGUUGUUUCUUGGUUUUGGAGGUAUGACAUAAGUGAAUGCGUUAGUAUUUGGCACUUUGCUGAAGAUACUGGAUUUUUCAUUUUUUCACAUUCCAUUUUCCAUAAUUUGCCUACAGCACUGCAAAUUUUCUGAGCUCUGAGAAAUACAUAUUAUAUAUUUUAAUAGGAAUGUCUGUUCUCCUUGCUACCAAGACAGCAGCAUGUCUUGCAGAUACCUUUACACAGAAGAGGGAGGUAUCAGCUGGCUUGGGUAUCCCAUCAUUUGUAUAGAAUCAUAGAAGAGUUGGAAGGAGUCAGUAAGGCCAUUGGGUCCCAUCCUCCCCAAAAAAGUUAAAGCAUCUCUAACAGAUGGCUGUCCAGCUACAUCUUGCAUGCCUCCACUGUGGAAGAGCCCACAAACUCUCUAGGUAAUUGGUUCUACUGUGAUGUUGCUGUGAUACUUAGGAAGUUUUUCCUAAUGUUCAGCCAGAGUCUGACUUCAGGUAACUUGAGCCCAUGUUCUGUAUUCUGGGAUCAUUAACCUUGGCAACUUUAAAGUACUUAGAGAGUGCUAUCAUGUCUCCCCUGGAUCUUCUCAGGCUAAACAUGCCCAGUGCUCUUCAUUUCUUUGUUGCCAGUCCAUGAAUCAUCCUUGUUGUCCUCCUCUGAACCUUUUCUAGCUGGUCUGCAUCUUUCUUAAACUGGUGUUCAUAACUGAAACUUGAGAUGAGUCCUAACCAGGGCUGAGUAGAGGGGAACUAGUACUUAUUUGAUUUGGAAGUGAUACUUCCUUUAAAGUAGCCCAAAAGAGCAUUCGCCCUUUUUGCAGCCACAUCAUAUUGUUGACUCACAUUCAGCAUGUGAUCUACAACUAUACCAAUACCCUUCUAAUUUUUUUUAUUGCUGAGCCAAAUAUUCCUCCAUCUUAUACCUAUGUAUUUAGUUUCUUUUUCCUAGGUGCAGGACUUGGCAUUUAUCCUAUCAUAUUUCAUUCUGUUCUUUUUAGCCCAAUGCUCCAGCCUACCAAGAUUGCUUUGAUUUUUGUUUCUGUCUUCCAGGGUAUUAGUUAUCCUGCUCAGUUCUGUGUCACCUGCAGAUUUGAUAAGCAUUCUCUGUACUUCCUCAUUCAAAUUGUUAAUACAAAGGCUGAGUGUCAUUAGGCCCAGGACUUAUCCCUACAGUACCUCACUCAUUUCCUCUCCCUGAAUUGAGAAGGUGCCAUCAAUAAGCACUUUUAUAGUCUGUUUCUGUAGCCAGCUGUGGAUGCACCUGAUAGUUGUUCCAUCUAGCCCUCUUUUAGCUGAUCUGCUAAUCAUGAUAUCAUGGGGCAUGUUGUCAAAAGAUUUGCUGUCAAGCUAAGGUAUAUUAUGUCCACAGAAUUCCCACAGUACAACAGAGAGGUUCCUUGAUCAAAAAAAGCAGAACAGGAUUUGCUCUUCUCACAUCUAUAUUGGCUUCUAGUAAUUACUGCAUUGUUUUCAAGGUGUUUGCAGCUUGCCUGCUUUAUGAUCUGCUCUGAUACACUUCCCUUGUUCUCCAUGAUUUCUUAAAGAUGAUAGACAGUGGUUCUGAGAAUUCUUCCUCCAGCUCCUUUAUUAUUCUAGGAUGCAGUUCAUCAGACUCUGGAGAUUUGAACUCAAAGUAAUGAGGUGUUCUUUGACCAUUUGCCUAUCAAUCUCAAGUUUCAGUCCUGCCCAACUUGUACUUCCCCUUGCCAGGGAGAUCAUACACCUUCUUUUGAGUGAAAAUGGAGCCAAGGCAGGAAUUGAGCACUUUGGUCUUUUCUUUGUUAUCUGAUAUUUUGCCUUAUUGAGUAGUUGAACCAUCAUUUCUUGUGUGUGUGUUUUGCCAUUCAUAUAUUUGAAGGUUUUGUUGUGGAUGUUGCUUUUAGCAUCCCCUGCUAGCCUCAGCUCAUUCUCACUUUAGCCUUUCUGACGCCAUUUCUGAAAUUAGGUAUGUGAAGAUUGGGCCGGCAUCCAGCUAUCUUGUGCUCAUUGGACUUCUUUCCCACACUCAAUCCUUGCCAGGAAGUGAGCCAAGCCAAGAUGAAGUCCACGAAUGCUCAGGAAUGCAAUUUGCACAAAGUACACAAAACCUGCAAGUCAUAUAUGCAGAAGCAGAACUCUGCUUACACAGUGGGCGGGCAGGUAUUGUGUUUACAUACUGGCUUUGUGGACUCACUUCUUGCCAGAAACCCGUGUAAAUGCUUGACAUGAGAAACACUUUGGGCAGAGAGAAAAUAGGCCAAGUCUGGGUCACCAAACUGAGGAAAUCCAUCAGAUUCUCACCUCCAAAUAGGGUUCCCCACAAAGUUCUGCAGUUCUGUACCACCUACCUGAACUCAUUCUUUGUAGCCUGGCCUUUCUUUCACUUCCUAUAUGUAUCUUUUCUGUUUUCAGGUCACCUCUAAGUAUUUUGUGGAGCCACAUUAGCUUUUUCCAUUGUCUUCUGUGGUUUUUCUUGUUGGAAUUGUAUGUAAUUGCACCUUUACAAUUUCCUAUAAAAAAUACCAUCUAUCAGCCCCCUUUUCUCUUUACAGUAACUUGCCAUGGGUCCUUCUGAAUGUAUCAAAAUUGGCCUUCCUGAAAUUCAAGCAACCUUUCAGGAAAUUUGUUUUCAACACUUGCGCAAGGAACAUUUGAUCAUCUUACUUCACUGAAGUCUCUAGAAUUUCAGACCGAUUAUCUCCUGUGUGAUUGUAAUAUGUUGUGGAUGCAACAGUGGUUGCAGGAAAGAAAUAUAACUGUUCGUGAGACUAGAUGUGUCUAUCCCAAGUCUCUGCAGGCUCAACCCAUUUUGAGUGUUAAGCAGGGACUUCUAACAUGUGAUCCUCCUCUGGAGUUACCAUCUUUCUACAUGACUCCCUCUCAUCGUCAGGUUGUAUUUGAAGGAGACAGUUUGCCUUUCCAAUGCAUGGCUUCAUAUAUUGACCAGGACAUGCAGGUUCUGUGGUAUCAGGAUGGGAAGAUCAUUGAAACUGAUGAAGCCCAGGGGAUUUUUGUUGAAAAAAACAUGAUUCAUAACUGUUCGCUCAUUGCAAGUGCCCUGACCAUCUCAAAUAUUCAGGCUGGAUCUACUGGAAGCUGGGGGUGUCAUGUGCAUACCAGACGUGGGAAUAAUUCAAGGACCAUUGACAUUGUAGUACUAAACAGCUCUGCACAGUACUGUCCACCGGAAAGGGUUGUCAACAAUAAAGGCGACUUCGGGUGGCCCCGAACAUUGGCAGGCAUUACUGCAUACCUGCUGUGCACUCGUUACUCGGCUGGCAGUGGAAUAUAUACUGGCAACUCUCAGGACGAGAAAAGAGCUUGGCGCAGAUGUGAUAGGGGAGGAUUCUGGGCUGGAGAGGAUUACUCUCGCUGCCAAUAUGCAAAUGAUGCCACUCGAGUCCUGUAUAUGUUUAAUCAGAUGCCCCUGAACCUCACUAAUGCUGUAGCAACAGCUCGACAGCUGUUAGCUUACACUGUUGAAGCAGCAAACUUUUCUGACAAAAUGGAUGUCAUUUUUGUGGCUGAAAUGAUAGAAAAGUUUGGCCGAUUUGCUGAAAAAUACAAAGAGCUUGGUGAUGUGAUGGUUGAUAUUGCAAGUAAUAUAAUGCUAGCUGAUGAACACAUCUUGUGGAUGGCCCAGAGGGAAGCUAAAGCGUGUACUCGAAUUGUUCAGUGCUUGCAAAGGAUUUCUACAUACCGACUAGCUAAUGGUGCUCAGGUUUAUUCAACGUAUUCUCCAAAUAUUGCCAUGGAAGCUUACGUAAUAAAAGGUUCUGGCUUCACUGGAAUGACUUGCACAGUGUUCCAGAAGGUGGCUGCAACAGACCGCACAGGACUGCCUGAUUAUGGGCGAAGAGAUCUGGAUGGAAGUCUUGAUAAGCAACUGGGCUUUAAGUGUAAUGUCUCUAAUACAUUGUCAAGCCUAGCACUUAAGAACACUAUUGUGGAGGCCUCUAUACAAUUGCCACCUGCUCUUUUUUCACAAAAACACAAAAGAGAAAUUAGGCCAACAGAUGACAAUGUCUACAAGCUUCAACUUAUUGCAUUCCGCAAUGGGAAACUUUUCCCAGCAACAGGAAAUUCAACAACUUUAACUGCUGACAGAAAACGUCUCACUGUGGUCACACCAGUUAUCCUCACCAAAAUAGAUGGCUUAAAUCUACCACAUCAGCACAUUCCGAUUAAUGUGACGUUACGGCGCAUUGCGCACGGAGCAGAUGCUGUUGCAGUGCAAUGGGACUUUGAUUUGCUGAAUGGACAAGGAGGUUGGAAAUCAGAUGGGUGCCACAUUCUUUCUUCAGAUGAAAAUGUCACUACUAUACAAUGCUACUCCCUUAGUAACUACGCGGUCCUGAUGGAUUUGACAGGAUAUAUCCAGGCAGCUGAUCUUCUACAUCCAGUUAUCUAUGUAUCUGCUGUGAUUCUUCUGUUGUGCCUCUUGAUAAUCAAAAUUAGCUACAUAUAUCAUCACAGUGUCAUCAGGAUCAGCCUUAAAAGCUGGCACAUGUUAGUUAACCUCAGCUUUCAUAUUUUCCUGACAUGUGUGAUGUACGUUGGAGGCAUAACCCAGAGCAAGAAUGCUAGCAUCUGCCAAGCAGUCGGAAUAAUAUUGCACUAUUCUACACUGUCCACUUUGUUAUGGAUGGGUGUCACUUCUAGGAACAUUUAUAAGCAAGUCACUAGGAAGGUGAAGAGGUGUCAAGACCCUGAUGAACCACCACCUCCUCCUAGACCAAUGCUGAGGUUCUACCUAAUUGGUGGAGGCAUCCCCAUCAUAGUUUGUGGGAUAACAGCUGCUGCAAAUAUAAGGAAUUAUGGAAGCAGACCUAAUUCAGCUUAUUGCUGGAUGGCAUGGGAACCAAGCUUGGGAGCUUUUUAUGGACCAGCUAGCUUCAUUAUUUUUGUAAACUGCAUGUAUUUUCUCAGCAUAUUCAUACAACUGAAAAGACAUCCUGAGCGUAAAUUUGAGCUUAAAGAGCCAGCUGAGGAGCAGCAACGUUUAGCACCCAAUGAACAUGGCAACCUGAACCAUCAAGAUUCAAUGUCUGUGUCGCUGGUUUCCACUUCAGCUUUGGAAAAUGAACAUAGUUUCCAUGCUCAGCUUGUGGGUGUGAGCCUCACUUUAUUUCUGUAUGUGGCUCUGUGGAUUUUUGGGGCCUUUGCUGUUUCUUUAUCUUACCCCUUGGAUUUGGUAUUUAGCUGCUUUUUUGGAGUUAUGAGUUUAAGCCUUAGUGGUUUUCUAAUAAUACAUCAUUGUGUAAAUAGAGAAGAUGUCAGACAUGCUUGGAUAACAACCUGCUGCCCAGGAAGGACCACAUACUCGGUACAAGUUAAUAUUCAGCCCUCUUCUAGUGCAAGUGGGACAAAUGGAGAACCUGCCAAAUGCACCAAUAGCAGCGCAGAGUCAUCAUGUACUAAUAAAAGUGCAUCAAGCUUAAAAAAUUCUUCUCAAGGUUGUAAACUAACCAACAUACAGGCUGCAGCAGCUCUGUGUCCUCCGGGCUCCUUAGCACUGAAUAGUGGCCCUCCACUUGAUAACAGCCUUACUGAACAUUCAGUAGACAAUGAGAUCAAAAUGCAUGUGGCCCCUUUAGAGGUACCUUUACGGACAAAUGGACACCCAGGUCGCCAUCACAAAAACAGAAGUAAAGGGCACCGUGCCAGCAGAUUGACAGUCUUGCGGGAGUAUGCUUACGAUGUUCCCACCAGUGUAGAGGGAAGCAUCCAAAAUGGCUUGCCUAAAACUCGUCAAAGCAUUAGUGAAGGGCACUCGAGGAGCCGAAGAGCUUAUCUGGCAUACAGAGAACGGCAGUAUAACCAGUCCCAGCAAGACAGCAGUGAUGCUUGUAGCACUCUUCAAAAAGGCCACAGGAACACCGAAAAGACAGUACCAACAAACUUCAAAAAGGAUGUAUUGAGAAAACCAAUAGUGGUCGAGCUGGAAGAACAGCAGAAGUCCUAUGGUUUAAAUUUGGCUGUCCAGAAUGGGCCGCUGAAAAGCAGCACCCAGGAGGGAACUUUAUUGAGUGCUGACAGUACUGGCAAUAUCAGGACUGGGUUAUGGAAACAUGAAACUACUGUGUAGUACUACUGGACAUCCUUGAAAGGAUUUAAAAGGAGCAUUCCUUUUAUACUAUGAAUAAUUUUCCACAGUUUACAUAUAUUAAUACUUUGGGGAGAGUGUUGGGUAGGGAAGAUUUGCCAUGUGAAAUAUUUUAUACUUUUUUGAAGUAUAGCUGUGAUGUUUUUACAAAGACCUGUUGCUCUUCUGUGAAUCUUCCGUUAUCAGGUUCUGUUUUGAGGUACAGAAUUGGACAUUCUUUUUUUUUUUCUUUUUUUACAUGUAACAUUCUCUCCUAGGUACGUCCAACACAUUUCACUUUUAUAUUUAAAUUUGUAAAAUAAACAACUUUCUCUACAAUUCUCUUAUUACAAUAAUGGUUCAAAUAGUAAAAAGAAAAUGCAAUUAAGAAUUGACAUUUGCAUCAUGGAACUUACUUCUGCGUAGAUAUGUGUAGGACUGAACUGUUAGAAUUGAUAGCUUCCAGUUACCAAAAUAAAGACACAGCAAACUGCCAAAACCGUAAUUUUCAAGAUGUUGCCUAUAGCUAAUAUCCAAACCAUUCAUAUUCUGGAAAAAGCAUCUAAGUGGAAGAUUAAAGUCUUUGUACAGAAACCAUCCUGAUCACUUAGGCUUUGGUAGCCAAAGGAGAAAUAAGUGUAUUUUGGUCCUCCAGGUAUGUUCUUACAACUCCCAUGAUCCCUCACCAUUGGCUCUGCUAGCUCAUGCUGGUGGGAAUUGAACCUUCAGGUGUUUUGGCAUACAUUAAGAGGUGGUUAUGUUAAAUUUGUAGUGUAAUCUCAGUUCAAACUCAGUUACAGUAAACAUUUUUCAAAAAUAGCUAGGUCUCAUUAUCAUCCAGACCUUUGCACUUAUUUCACUAAUGCUUCCAGUGUAAACAAGUUGUGUUUAUUUUCUAAACUUCUGAAUAUCAGAGUUUAUAUUUUAAGACAUAAAUAAUGUGGGCCAAAAAUGGCUAACAGAUAUUUUACAUUUUAAGUGGGAGUCAACACUUGCAACCCAAGGUUUGGUCUCUUCUAGCAGAAUCUGUGACAGGGUAUCCUCUAUCGUUAAUUUAUCAGUUGGUACAUUGAAUGUGCAUUUAUAUGAGAGUGAGUGGUGUGUGCAUGCAUACCUGAAUGGACUGCAUCACCACAAGACAAAUCUGAUGCAGCCGUGGAGGAUAGAAAGUUUGCAUACCCUGAUCAUUAAAGAAGUACUAACACAAUAUACAAGUGAGCCCUGGGGGUGAGGGACAAAAUCAUCUGUGGCAUCCUGCCAAGUCCACUGUCAGUUAAAAGCCUGAGUUUGCUACCACAAAAUGUAUGACAACCCAUGUAGCAGGGGGAUGAUUAUGAUAUUCAAAUAAAAGCCAAGUUUGGAUCUCAUGGCUCAUGAGGACCUGACUGCAACAUUUCCAGCAUCUGAAUGAGAACGGCGAAUUAUAGCAGUGAUUGGACAAACUAGUGACAAAGCAAUUGUCUUGGCUCCUUUUGCUGCACCAGUAAUGUGGGCAUAAUCGUGGCAUAUCAUGGGAAAUUGGGAAUACAUAUCCUUUGUUGCUUUCCACAAUUGCCUCUUAAUGCCUAGCCUCACUUUCACUGCCCUAAACACUUAUAUUUUACUUGCAUUUCUUCUCAAAUUCCUUCACCUUCUGUCUACCCUACUCUUCCCAGCUGUACUUUCUAUUUCAAUACUGGAUAAGUUGUUUUGGUGGGUGGGUUUGGGGUAUGAGGUUUGGAAAGCAUAAUAAUGAACAGCUCCUUACUAGAUAAUGCAUGGGAAUUGUCUGAAUCAUGAUUUUUAUCUGGCUAGUGUUAAGAAUAAAAUGGGUAUGAACAGGAA